AUGGUAGAGAUUGAUCCAGAUUUCAUUCAACCACCAGAGCGCAGACCAAAGCCAAAUGUCAUAGAAGCUGAAAACAUUCCAGUUAUAGACCUAUCACCUAUACUAGACAAUUCCAACAAUAAUAUUGAGAAAAACCCUUUAGUUUAUGAUGAGCUUGUGAGGAAAAUAGGAAGUGCAUGCAAGGAGUGGGGUUUUUUCCAAGUGAUAAACCAUGGAGUUCCUAUUGAAAGUAGAGAGAGAACUGAAUUUGUUGGGAAGAAAUUCUUUGGUCAAAAAAUGGAGGAGAAGAAGAAAGUUAGAAGAGAUAUGGUGAAUGUUAUGGGAUAUUAUGAAUCUGAGGUUACUAAGAUGGUUAGAGAUUGGAAGGAAGUGUUUGAUUUUACUUUUGAGGAACCUACUUUGAUUCCAGCUUCAAUUGAUCCUGAUGAUAAAGAGGUUGCUCAUUGGUAUAAUCAAUGGCCAGAGUUUCCACCAGAGAUGAGAGAUAUAAUUCGAGAAUAUGCUCAACACAUGAAGAAACUAUCAAUCAAGAUAAUGGAACUUAUCGCUGUGAGUUUAGGAUUACCCUCAGAAAGAUUUAACGAUUUCUUCAAAGAUGAAACAAGUUGGAUAAGACUCAACCAUUAUCCACCUUGUCCUAAUCCUAACAUUGUUUUAGGAUGUGGUCGCCACAAAGAUACCGGUGCUUUAACUGUUCUUGCUCAAGAUGAAGUUAGUGGACUUGAAGUCAGGAUAAAAUCUGAUGGUGAAUGGCUUCUCGUUAAGCCUUUGCCUAAUGCUUAUAUUAUCAAUGUUGGAGACUUAACUCAGGUUUGGAGCAAUGAUGCAUACGAGAGUAUUGAACACAGGGUGAUUCUGAACACUGAGAAAGCGAGGCUUUCGUAUCCAUUCUUUUUGUUUCCAGCACACUACACCAUAGUGGAGCCUUUGAAAGAGCUCAUAAAUGAUGAAAACCCUCCAAAAUAUAAACCUUAUAAUUGGGGCAAGUUUUUAGUUGCUAGAAAGCGUGGCAAUUUCAUGAAACUUGAUGUUGAGAACAUCCAUACUGGUCAUUUCAAGAUUACUUAG